GUUUCGUCAUUUUUUUAUUUCUCGAAGUUUGUAAAUCGCAAGUUCAAAGAACGAAAGCGUGGAGUCCUGGAAAUCAUCUCUUCACGAUUUCCCACCAAAAAGAUCGGGAAAGGAAAUCAGGCAUUAGGUUUCCAGAGCACAAAUUAUGUGUUAAAAUUCCCAAUUUCCAUUGAUCGGUCACCGUUCGAACAAGAGACUUCAUCUCCGGCUUGUUCCCGCCGUCUGAUCUGCCCAUUUUUUCAAAAUUAUGUUGGUGGUUUCUGUUCGAAUUCAUCAUAAUCUAGUUGUCCCCAAAACAAUUUCUAUUAAUUAAUCUCUCGUUCCAUUCCCUGAUCAACUUCCAAGCUUUAGGGUUUGUUUUUGAAAAGGAUUGUCAAAUAUUUUCAUUUCCUUUUUCUGCUUUGAUCAAAUCGUACAAAUUCUGUGAAUUCGGUUGUUAGGGUUUGUAAUAUUGUGCAUAUCUAUUUAAUCUCCUUUGAACUCUGCGGCUAUGUAUAUUGAGGAGUUGAAGGUAGGGGAAGAGGUGGACAGCGCUGGAGACAAAGAACAAGAAGAAAAUAAGAGUUAUUGUGGAAGUAAUGAGGUUUUGGGCAUCGAAAGAACCGUUGUUGAAUGGGAUGCGAAAAGGGUAUUGGUGGGUGCAGGAGCUCGUGCUCUGUUUUACCCGACCUUGUUGUACAACGUUGUUAGGAACAAGAUUCAGCCUGAGUUCCGGUGGUGGGAUAGAGUUGAUGAGUUCAUCCUGUUAGGUGCUGUUCCAUUCCCCACUGAUGUUCCAAGGCUAAAGGAGAUCGGUGUAGGCGGAGUAAUCACACUAAAUGAACUUUACGAGACUUUGGUUCCUACAUCUCUUUAUCAUAAUCACGGCAUUAACCAUUUGGUGAUCCCUACAAGAGACUACUGCUUUGCACCAUCUUUGACAUCAAUAUGCCGAGCUAUUGAUUUCAUUCAUAGAAAUGCAUCACAUGGGGAAACUACAUAUGUCCACUGUAAAGCUGGCCGUGGUCGCAGCACAACCAUUGUAUUAUGUUACCUGGUCUAUUAUAAGCGGAUGACACCUGGGGCAUAUGAUUAUGUGAAGUUGAACAGGCCAAGGGUCCGGCUAGCCUCUUCCCAAUGGCAGGCUGUUGAAGAUUUCUACUAUCUUAAAAUGAGAAAGGCUGCCUUCCACAGCCGUGUGAUGGAUUUAAUUUUAAGAACUUCAGACUCGGCGUCUUCAGGAGACCUAGUGACUUUUGAUGAUGGUUCGGUGGUGGUGGUAACAGAAGCUGAUCUUGAUGGAUACGACCAAAGUCUUGAACCAGAUGCCACGGGAAGUAGAAUAUGGGCAGAUCUUAGUGUGGUUUAUCGGGUUAGAGUUGUCGGUCGGGCGGCAUUAGCAAGAAUCUCGUGCUUGUGGCUAAGCUGCCAAGCACAUCAAAAGCUUUCAGCACUGGAACUGGCUAAGGAAAGCACCUGCCUUGGACGUAUCAGUGUGGACAUUCAUGUCUACUGAAAACUGCAGUUACACGACGCAACACACACAUGUUGUGUAGGUACCAUUGUCCCUUUUCAUCUCGUCUCGUACAUAAAUAAACUGCGAAUGAUGUUUCUUAAGGCUGAAGCAAACUAUGUUUGUUCUUCCCUUGUAAAUCGAGUAAACCAUUUCUUAUGAAUGGAACAAAAAGAUGGGAGCAUAACUGCUUAAG